AAAAUCGCUUCGCUCACAGAUUUUUUCUUUCUUUUUUUCAAUUUCUCAAAAAUCUCCAAAAAAUUAAAAAGGGGGAAAAAUUAGAUUCAAGAUUUGGGUGUUAAAUAAAUUUGAUGUCGAGGCCAUGGCUACUAGUUUUUAUAGUGUUUAUAGUAAUGCUCACUUCUCAAUUCGAAUGGAAGCAGCAAUUUGGUGAAGAAAUUGAGCCAACUUCCACUGUUUCUCUCAAAGAUCAAUCUCUUUCCAAACGCCAAGAAUACGUCAAAGAAAAGAUCAUACUUUCUCAAGAAAGGAAUAUUCAGAAACUGAACGAGCAAGUGAGGAAUCUUCGUGAACAAUUGCUAUGGUGUAAGGCUGAAACCGAGAUUAGUAACGGCUCUGCAUUUGCUUUGAGUGAACAUUUAAGUGAGAUUGAGCAGCAGCCAAUGUUAGAUGACUAACAUUAUUGGGUCACUGCCAAUAGAAUCACAAUACUGCUUGCUAUGUGCAAGUACAUAAACCUUGAUUUCUUUCUUUCCUCCUCCUUUGUAGCUUCAUAAUGAUCAUUGAUUUACUUGACUUACAAGUCAGAAUACAUUACAUGCAACUCUUUGAAUA